AUGCAUAAAAACAUUUUUUUGCUCCUUAUACAAAGAAUGAAAAAAACAAUGAAGAAAGAGAUUUUGAAAAGCCAGGUAGAUACGGCGGAGUAUGAAUACGUGGAACUAUCUAAUGGCAUAAAGGCGAUUGUUGCAUCAGAUCCUGCAUUGGAUAAGUGCAGUUGUGCGGUGUCUGUUAAGGUUGGAUCGUUUAGUGAUCCUGAAUAUGCUUUAGGACUUGCACACUUUCUGGAGCAUAUGCUGUUUAUGGGAACGGAGGAGUAUCCUGGAGAGAAUGAGUUUGAUUGUUUUAUGAACCAGAACAACGGAUCGUUCAAUGCAAUUACAUGGGGAGAAGUGACAGAGUAUUUUUUUGACAUAUCACCAGAUGCAUUUGAGGAGGGAGUAUAUAGAUUUGCAGACUUUUUCAAGGCGCCUUUGCUACGUCAAGAUGCAGUUAAAAGAGAAAUAUCUGCGGUGAAUGCAGAGUUUGUGAAUGGACUGAAUAGAGAUGAGUGGAGGAUACAGAGGAUGAUUGAAGUUCUCUGUAGUGAUGAAGAGCCGUUGAAGAAGUUCAGUGUUGGAAAUUAUAAAACACUAGAUCAUGAUGGAAUAUGGGAUGAAGCGAGAGAGUUCUGGACAAGACACUAUAGUAGUGAGAAGAUAUGUGUAGUGAUAUACGGAAACCAGAGCAUUGAAGAUAUGAAGAGAUACCUGAGCAAAUUUGAGGGAGUACAGAGAAGAACAGCAUCUGAGGUAUCUGAUGGCAUACAAGAAUUAAGUAUUAAGCAAGAAGAGAAAAGGAGUGUGUUUAAGAGCGAAUACUUGAAUAAAUGGAUCACUAUAGAAUCUUUUGCAGAAGUGAGAAAGGUUAUGGUGACGAUUACGGUUCCAUCUGGAUACAAGAUGUUUAGGAAGAAUUCGUAUGGAUAUGUGCUAGGCAUGCUUGAGCGAAGCGAUGAGAGAGGAUUUAUUUGCGGAAUGAAGGAUCUUGGGCUUGUAUUAUCUAUAGAUGUGGAAGUGCAGGACUAUAGUGAUUAUUCUCUGUUUGUUGUUAGUAUCUUUGUGUCUGAAGAAGGUACAAGAAAAAUGAAGGAAGUGCUGGAAGGUUUUGUGCGGUAUCUGAGGGGAAUAGAAGUGAACGAAGAAGAGUAUGAGGAAUUGAAGAGGAGGAAUGAGAGUGUAUUUAGAUACAGUGAACGACAGGAGAUGACUGAACAAGUGAGCAAUAUUGUAAGGAGCAUGCAAUUUUAUCCGAUUGAGAAUGUAUUGAACCAUGAAUACUGUUUUGAAGGAUUUGAUGAAGGCGAGAUACGAGGAGUGAUAUCGAAGAUGUGUGAUGUAUCGCAAUGGCUAGUGUUUGAUAUAAAUUUUGAUUAUGACAAGAUAAGUAGUGAGAAUGAAAGGAAGUACAAGGAGAGAGAAGAGAUAUAUGGAAUAGGAUAUGAAGUAGGAAAGCAGGUAUUUGCAGAAUCAGCGUAUGAGAUAAGUGUUGCUAGAUUGGAUGAGAUCAGAAUGAUGGCCAUUGAUAAAGAUAUGCGUAAUGAAAUGAAACAAGUUGAGAAAGACGGUGGAAAGCUUUUGUAUUUGUUUGAUGAGUCAUAUAAGGUUCCUAAAGUGUUUGUUGGGUGUGUGUUGAAGUUUGAGUAUGAGAGGAAAGAUGUGUUAGAUUUUAUGUUUUUGGUUAAUAAAGCAAAGGAUGUGUUUUUAAAGAAGUAUGGAAAGCUGGUGUAUGCAACAGAUGUGAGUAUUGAUGCGCAUGUAUGCUUGGGUGGAAUAGAGAUUGUUGCGGAAGGAUUUACUAAUGUGGUAAAGAAUGCAUUUGAGGUUUUCUUUAAUGUGCUGUUUGAGGAAGCAAGUGAAGGAGAAGGCAGGAACUUGAUGAUAAUGCAGGAGAUGAUGAAUGUAUUGGAGCAAGAAAGGACCAAGAAUCCUUAUGCAUUGUGUAUGCAUGGAAUGAUGAAGAUGAAAGUUGAUGGAUACAUGCUUCCUGAGGAGAAGAUGAAGAUGGUGAAGGAGAUUGAUGUGCAGAAGAUGAUACCAAGAAGUUUUUUUGCAGAUAUGGUUGUAGUUGGGAAUGUAAAGCAUGAAUGGGCGGUUAAUGUGUUUGAAAGUGUUUGCCUGAGGCAGCAUGGAGAUUGUGUGAAUCUGAAGAGCAAAUUAAUGGAUUUGAGCAGGAAAUGCGAUGUGCAUACGGAGGAUCCUGCAAGCAAUGCAUGUGCGAUAUAUUUGUAUGGAGGCAAGUAUGCAGACAGUAAGGAGACAGCGGUGAUCAACUUUGUGCAGCAUGCAUGCAAGGGAAUGUUUUUUGAUCAGCUCCGAACUAAAGAGGAACUUGGAUAUAUUGUAUACUGUAGGAUGGCGUAUGUUGAAGACGAGCAGUAUAUAACAUUUGUGGUGCAGAGCGAGAGAGAAGUGGAGUAUUUGGAGGGCAGAGUCAAAAAGUUUAUUGGUGACCUGAAUGGAUAUUUUGCAGAAAUGCAAGACGAGGAGUUUGAGAAGUUUAGAAGUGCAGUAAUGAUGCACUUUGAGGAGAGGAAGAAGAAUUUUGGGCUAUAUGGAGAAGGGAUAUGGAAGAGCUAUCUACGAGGAGUAAGUGAUCUUGAGUAUGAGAAGAGGGUUUGUGAAGCUCUUAUGGGAGUUACGAAGCAUGACUUGAGUAAGAUUGACUGGAUGGCAGAUUGUUAUGUGGUGCGAGUGGCUUUACAGUACUAA